CCUUCUUUUCCUUCUUUUCUCUAGCAGGUAACAUGCAGCAAAAUGAGAAUUAUCGGGAGCCUCCCAUGGCAUCGUGGGAAGGAGCCAAACAAGCCGUGGAAAAACAGGAGUUUGAAAAUCAAAGGGAACCAGCCAAACCAAAGGGGAACCAGUCAAAGAACGGAAAGAAGAAGCCCUCUGCUUCUCUGGGCGCUGAGAUUGGGGAGCCCCUGGCCUCCGAGGCAAGUCAGGUAAAGUGUCCUGCCUGUGGAAAAAUAUUCAAAUACGAAUCACACUUAAACAUACACUUCCGAGUCCACACAGGGGAAAAGCCAUAUACGUGCAUGGAGUGUGGAAAGUGCUUCAGUCAGCAUGGACACCUACAUUCCCAUCAAAGGACCCACACUGGGGAGAAAACCUACAAAUGCAUGGACUGUGGGAAAAGCUUCAGUGACAGCGGAGCUUGCACGAAACAUCAAAAUACCCACACAAAGGAGAAACCCUACCAGUGCUUGGAGUGCGGGAAGAGCUUCAGUCAGCAUGGCCAUCUUCAUUCGCACCAGAGAAUUCACACAAGGGAGAGGCCUUAUAAAUGCACAGAAUGUGGAAAAGGUUUCAGUCAGCGUGGACAUCUAUACUCUCACCAGAGGAUUCAUACCAAGGAGAAGCCUUACAAAUGCACCGAUUGUGGGAAGAGCUUCAGUCAACGUGGCCAUCUGUAUUCUCACCAGAGAACUCACACCAAGGAGAAACCCUACAAAUGCCUGGAAUGUGGGAAGAGCUUCAGCCAGAGUGGGCAUUUACAUUCACAUGAAAGAACCCACACAGGUGUGAAACCAUAUAAAUGCAUGGAGUGUGGAAAGUGCUUCAGUCAGCGUGGUCAUGUGUAUGCGCAUCAGAGAACCCACACGGGGGAGAAGCCAUAUAAGUGCAUGGAGUGUGGCAAGAGCUUUGGUCAGCGUGGGCAUCUUCAUUCGCAUCAGAAAACCCACACAGGAGAGAAAGCAUGUAAACGGGCUGAAUGUGGACAAUGUUUCAGUGAUAGUGGAGCAUGUACUAAACAUCAACAAACUCCCACAUGGGAGAAACCUUUUAAACAUAUGGAAGGAGGUGCUUCAGUUAUGGAAGAAUACUGAUUAAACUUUUUUUAAAAAAAUUAUACACAGAUACUAUACUAACAUAUGGAAAAUAUUGUAAUAUAAUAAUAUUCCAAAUGUGGAAAAGAGCUUCAGUCUGAUGACAAAAUGUAUUCCACAUUAUGAGAUCUCCAUUGUGAGAAAAUACUGAGUGUUGGUAGAAUUUGGUUAGAAGCAAAAACUGCUUAGCUUCAGUUUGCAUUUUCUGCUUUUGGAGAAACCCCUUUUCUUAUGCUUGCUGGCAGUAUGACAUCUUUCAUUUUCCUUACGAGUUCUUCGUGUUUGUUAUGGACUCUGCAGGAUUACACCAACAGAAGACAUUUAAACGACACAUUUCAAUUUAAAAAAGAAUACUAAUGUAUUUUUCUUCUCAAAAUAUUAAGUGUCAAAUGCCUCAUAACCCGAUGUCUGCCUGGUCAACAAAAAUGGCUUGUAUUUAGGAGCAUAACUGAGCCCUGGCAGAUAUUCUCUGGGUGUGUGUUUGUUUUUUCCUGUAGAUGUUGCUGGGAUUAAACCUUUUCUGUUUGUAGUGGA